ACACAGAGACACAGGAGUUUUAGAUGCAUGUAUGAAACAGUUUUACAAGAAGCUCCUUGAAACAGACGCACUGACUUUCUGCCUCUAUAAUAUUUACUUUACACUGCCUCUGGGAACAGGAACAGCAUUCCUGUCAUUCAGGAUACACAGUACUCCGGACAUCAUGCCUCUGGGAUCUAGCUGUGGGAAACUUUGAGGGGGAGUGUUCAAAGGUGGAGCUUAGAUCUAAGCUUGUGGGACAGGACCGUAAGACAGGACACGAGUGUUGAGCAGAGGUGCAUGUCUGAUGGUUCAAUAAUCUCUUUCUCCAAUGGGAAACGCUUUCACAAUGGAUUGGAUUUGAUCACAACACACAUACUUCAACUUAAAGUGUGCUGGAGGACUCUGAGUGAAGUUUGCAAUACAUAGAGUUCAUGAGAAUGUUGCCUGGAGUUUAUCUGCACUGAAACCAGAUUCAAGAGGACGUGUUUUCAGUGCUGCAGAGAUACCUGGUUGUUGGUGGGCUUCAGAGGGAACUAGCACCAUGGCAGGGGUCACGAGAAAGGGAUCUGGGAGACCCUCGUACUACUACAGAUUCCUGGGCAAGUCUCGACUGCAGCGUCAGCGAAGCCGGUCCCGCAGUCGCACCAGGCCGUCUACCAGCAGGGAGUCUCCUCCAGAGAGGUCAGGACGCAGACGCAGCAUGCCCGGCAGCUCCUCAGACAAGAACCCCCCCACCAUGGAGGCUACGUCCACUGCUGCCACGCCUUUCAGAGUCACCGUGAGUACUGGCUUCCUCAGUCGCCGGCUGAAGGGCUCCAUAAAACGCACCAAGAGUCAACCCAAACUGGACCGAAACUCCAGCUUCAGACACAUCCUGCCUGGCUUCAGGAGCGUUGACAAUGACAGAUCGCAUCUGAUGCCCAGGCUGAAGGAGUCUCGCUCCCAUGAGUCAUUGCUCAGCCCCAGUAGCGCUGUGGAAGCCCUGGACAUAAGCAUGGAGGACGAGGUCGCCAUCAAGCCUGUUCACAGCAGCAUCCUCGGGCAGGACUACUGCUUUGAGGUCACCACCUCCACAGGAACCAAAUGUUUUUCCUGCCGAUCAUCCGCAGAGAGAGACAAAUGGAUGGAGAAUCUGAGGAGAGCUGUGCAACCCAACAAGGACAACAGUCGUCGGGUGGAGAACCUGUUAAAGCUGUGGAUCAUCGAGGCCAAGGACCUGCCUGCCAAAAAGAAAUACUUCUGCGAGCUUUGUCUCGACGACUCUCUCUACGCCCGCACCACCUGCAAACUCAAGACUGACAAUGUUUUCUGGGGCGAGCACUUUGAGUUCAACAACCUGCCAGCUGUCAAGAGCAUCACAGCCCACCUGUACAAAGACACAGACAAGAAGAAAAAGAAAGAUAAAAACAAUUACAUUGGACUCGUCAAUAUCCCCAUCGCCGCGGUUACCGGGCGACAGUUUAUGGAGAAAUGGUAUCAGGUCAGCCUGCCAAACCCACCUAAGGGAAAGACCUCCGGGCCUAUGAUCAGGAUCAAGGCCCGCUAUCAGAGUAUGAACAUCCUUCCCAUGGAGAUGUACAAGGAGUUUGCAGAGUACACCACCAACAACUACAUGCUGCUGUGCUCCGUGCUCGAGCCUGGGAUUAGCGUGAAGAACAAGGAGGAGAUGGCGUGUGCGCUGGUGCACAUCCUGCAGAGCACCGGCAAGGCUAAGGACUUCCUCACUGACUUGAUGAUGUCGGAGGUGGAUCGCUGCGGGGAGAACGAGCACCUCAUCUUCAGAGAGAACACACUCGCGACCAAGGCCAUCGAGGAAUACCUGAAACUGGUGGGACAGAAGUACCUGCAGGACGCCCUGGGUGAGUUCAUCAAGGCUCUGUAUGAGUCAGAUGAGAACUGUGAGGUGGAUCCGUCCAGAUGUUCCUCAGGCGACCUGCAGGAGCACCAGAGUAACCUGAAGAUGUGCUGCGAGCUGGCCUUCUGCAAAAUCAUCAACUCAUACUGUGUAUUUCCAAGGGAGCUGAAAGAGGUGUUUGCGUCGUGGCGUCAGGAGUGCAGCAACAGGGGUCGCCCGGACAUCAGCGAGCGUCUCAUCAGCGCCUCCUUGUUUCUGCGGUUCCUCUGUCCAGCUAUCAUGUCCCCCUCGCUGUUCAAUCUGAUGCAGGAGUAUCCAGACGACCGCACAGCACGCACGCUCACACUCAUCGCUAAAGUCACACAAAACCUGGCCAACUUCACCAAAUUUGGCAACAAGGAAGAGUACAUGUCCUUCAUGAACCAGUUCCUGGAGCACGAGUGGACCAACAUGCAGCGCUUCCUGCUGGAAAUCUCAAACCCAGAGACCAUCUCCAACACGGCGGGCUUCGAGGGGUACAUCGACCUGGGCAGGGAGCUCUCCACCCUGCACUCCCUCCUCUCUGAGGUGGUGUUCCAGAUGGACCAGAGCGUAGCCUCCAAGCUGGGUCCUCUGCCCAGGAUCCUGCGGGAGGUCAACUCGGCUCUAUCCAACCCGUCCUGCGUCCAGAUGACCCCCGGACCCUCCUCAGAGCUCUCAGGCUCGCCCCCCCCUGAGGCCGGCUGCAGCAUCUCCACCGGCCUGCAGAAGAUGGUCAUAGACAACGAGCUUUCAGGAUUGGUAGACUUCACCCGGUUACCCUCCCCCACCCCGGAGAAUAAGGACCUGUUCUUUGUGACACGGAGCUCAGGGAUCCAGCCCUCCCCAGCACGCAGCUCCAGCUACUCCGAGACCAAUGAACCCGACCUGGGCAUGGCCAACGGCAGCAAGAGCCUGUCCAUGGUGGACCUCCAGGACCCCCGUAGUCUGGAGGGGGGCCCAGGUCCCAGCUCCUCGGAGGCCCUGAGUGAAGGUGUAAGCUCUUUGGGGGUGUGGUCAGCCAGAGUCCCACAAGGAAUCAUCCCGGGGGGUCCCACUCUGAGGAGGUCAGGCCAGACCCCCCCCACCCUGGCAACAGAGAGCACCCCCGGCCGACCCGCCCAGCUCCUAGCCCCCCUCUCCUUCCAGAACCCUGUGUACCAGAUGGCGGCCUGCCUACCUGUGUCCCCCCGCGGGAUGAACGACUCAGGGUCAGAGUGCCAAAGCUCUGUCAGUUCCCAUAGCAACAACGAGGAUGGGACGGCGGGAGGGAAGCACUCCUUCUUGAACCACGGUGGAGGAGGUGGAGGGGGGGGGGGGAGCAGCGGGGACGAGUACACCCGGCGCUCGGGGGAGUUUAACCGCCGACAGCUGUCCCUCACAGAGCAGCAGCACCAGCCCACCGUGCCCAGACAGAACAGUGCCGGCCCCCAGCGGAGGAUAGACCAGCCCCCGCCUCAGAGCAUCACUCGGGGCCGCACCCCCCCAAACCUCCUCACCAGUGGACCCUACCCACGGCCCUCCUCUGGAAACAUGAUGACCAACUCACCGGACUGGCCCGGCAGCGGGGCGCGGUUACGGCAGCAGUCCUCCUCCUCUAAAGGGGACAGUCCGGAGACCAAGCAGAGGGGGCCACACAAACAGGCCCCCUCCCCAGUGAACCCCAGUGCGCUGGACCGCACAGCAGCCUGGCUUUUGAAUAUGAAUGUGCAGUUUUUAGACCAUGAGGGGAUGGAGCCCGAGUCACUGAGAAACAGAGAGGAUCUGACUCAGGUGGAGAAGUACCAGCAGGAGAUCCUGGUGCUGCAGGAGAAGCUGCGGGCCUCGGUGCAGAAGCUGGAGGAGUACGAGGCCCGUCUGAAGGGCCAGGACGAGCAGGCCCAGAAGGUCCUGAUGGAGUACCAGGCCCGGCUGGAGGAGUCCGAGGAGCGCCUGCGCAGACAGCAGGACGACAAGGACCUGCAGAUGAAGGGCAUCAUCAGCAGGCUGAUGUCGGUGGAAGAGGAGCUGAAGAAGGAUCACUCAGACAUGCAGGCCGUGGUGGACUCUAAACAGAAGAUCAUCGACGCACAGGAGAAGCGCAUAGCCUCGCUGGAUGCAGCUAACGCCCGUCUGAUGUCCGCCCUCACGCAGCUGAAGGAGCGCUACAGCAUGCAGACCCGCAACGGCAUCUCCCCCACCAACCCCUCCAAACUGCAGAUCACUGAGAACGGAGAGUUCCGGAACAGCAGCAACUGUUAGAGCCUUCCUCUGCCCUGUGGAGUGUGUACAGUUAUUCAGAGAGAGGACGUCUGCAUGCACGCAUAUGGCUGCAUGUCGGUUUGAAAGACUGCAGGAGUGUAUGUGUUUUUAGAGAGGAUAUUUCAGCUUUUUGGGCAGCAUUGGAGAGGGCGCCAAGUAGCGGACAGAUCCCUCGAGAAGACCACCAGACGGCCUUCGUUAGGAGGGGCGGGCCGAGGGGGCGGGGCAGAGUUUGUACAUAGAAAACUCAAAGCUGUCCAUCUGUCAAACACUUCUCCAGAGGAUGGAAGGGACGUUAAAGACCCUGCCUACGCGUGGGACGAACCACUAUUCAACCACUCACAGUGACGACCGCCUCUCACGGUCACCUUCGCAACCCUCCUUUCCUCCUCUCUUUCUGCUUUUCCCUCUUGAGAACCGAGUGGACCGUGAACACGCAUUGAGGAUGAUCGCUGUCUGGAGAGGAUUACCUUCCAGUUAAAGUCAUUGUUUAUAAAGAACCAAAUAGGUGCGCAAAAAAAAAUAGAUAUUUUUAGUCAACAAAAGUAUCUUUAUGUCCCUUUUUCUCUCUCCUUGGUGUGUUCCUGAGUGUCCCCCCCCCCCCCCCCCCAUCCCCAUGUAGUGCACUUUGUGAGAAGCUAUUGGUACAUGAACCGCCUUAAGUAAGGAACACACCUCGACUUUAUCCCACAGCUCCCGAUUUCUGCAAAAAAGGCACAACUUAUACUGUGGAUUUGUAAAGGGUACAGGAAAGGUGUACACACAUACAUGUAUUAUGAAGAGUAAAGUCAAUCUAUGUGAUAUGCUAUAUUGAUGAUAUUUAAUAUAGAUGUAUGCAUUUCUUUUCUUCUAUAGAGUAUACACACAUGUCUAUAUUUGAUAAUCUCAAAUAUAAAAGCAGCCCUUUAUUUAGGAGUGAGAUCUAGUGUUCUUCUCUUGCAAUGAAAGACUGUAGUGUGUCGCUGCAGAGCCCUGGAGGAGAGGGUCCCCCCCCCGAGCAGUGAUCAGCACCAUCGCCCCCCCCCCCCCCCCCCCCCCUCAAACCUGCAUCAUUGACCCUUUACAUUCAGUGUGCAGUGCAUGUGCUCGGUUUCUUCUUCUGGUGCUCAUCGUUCUGUGUGAGUCACACGUUUGGUCUUCUCACUCUAGUAGCACCAGAGCUAUGGAGAGACGUGUGAAGACCCUCACUCACUCACUCACAGGGUUUCCGUUAGAAACAGUUAGUGACGGCCCUAGAAGAUGUCAAUUUCCUGGACACUUGGGAGGACUUCUGAUCAAAUAUGAUUGGUGUUUAUUGAUCUUCACCUGCAGGCUACUUAAAGAACCACAUCAUCACGCCAUUUAGACUUCUGAUGCUUUCCAUUUGGUGGAGGGGCUGCUGCAGCACGACAUGUCCUCAACAAUCACAGGUGGAUAUACGACACUAGGAUCUGCAAACAGCCCAGUCUGUUUAUAUAUUUGAUGUGAGGUAUGGCCCUUUUACAGAGAAAUUGAUCAUUUGUUAUAAACUACCACAGGAAAUUAUUUUAUUCAUUUUAACAGUACCAUUUGGCUUACAUAGCUGACCCUGUAGACCUGUACGUACCCAUACAAGAGGAACUCAGUGAAAAAGAAGGACGGAAAAAAUCCCAAACAAAACCAAAGCUCACCGGCUUCCCCCCCCAGCCAGUCAAAUGAUACAAUCAGUGGCACAUUCGCCCUUCAAUGAUGCCACACCUAAUAUAUUGACCGGAGAGAUUUAACGGAAACCCUGCCCUCUCACACUAUACACUGGACUGGUGAGCCGUUCUCAUAAUGGCCUCCUUUGUUUCAACAUUUGAUCUCUAACUGCUUUAUGUGUCAGUGGUGAUGACGUGUGCUGCAUCCAAACUGUGAUUAUUAACCCUAGUGACAUCAUUUUGCUUAUUUUCUUCUUCCUCGCUUCCACCCUUCUUCAUCCCUUGUUCUUCUAAUGUGAAGAUGCUAACUCACAGAUGGUCUUAACAUGGGGUUUGGUCCUUUUAUCUCUCUUUGCAUCUCUCCCAUGCAUCAGCAUCUGUAUUUUGUAUAUUUUUGUAUUGAUUUGUUCUUACCUGUAUCAGACUGUAAACAUCAAGUGUGAGGCUCCGCAUGCUUCACCUUGCUCUCGAGACAAUUUUUUUGUUGCCAAUUCGAAGGUGAUGACGACAAUGAUGAAUGCUUUGCUGCAGACAUAUAUACAGUAAAUAUAUGAUAACCGAGUGCAUCGUGAGGCUGGACAGCCUGGGAACGUGUAAAUAAAAUGCACACACUAUUUUUACCUAAUGUUAACAGAGCUUUUUUGUAAAUGUAUCUUGUGCUCAAACUCUGCUGUAUCUAUUGAUAUUGUAAAUACAACAUAGCUCAGUCGGUCAUCUGUCCUCAUGGGGUAGAACUAUACAAUUUAAAUUAACCUUCAGUGUUUAAUCCCUGUUAGAGCUAUUGUUUUUGUAUUUAGAGUGUAAUAUCACUAGCCAAAAAACGGAUUAAGGAGCAGUUAGACUCUUGGGAAGUAGUGGAACAUGCCGCCCAAUCCUGUUAUUUCUCAUCAGUCUAGCUCAAUGCACUUGUAUCCUCGGUGGUUGGUGUUUAUUUGAGCUUUUUAGCUUUAAGUACCCAUUUCAGUUGUUUAAAAAGUGGCAUAUUUCAAAACCUAAGAAAGGGAUUUUUUCUAUAGACCAUUCACAAACCUUUCUAUCAGACUGAAGAAGUCUCAUCGCGCAAAAAAAUUGUACCUCACAUUCAGUCCUUAAUCUUUUACUGCAGAGAUUAAAGCAAGACUAUGUUACUUUUGACAAACAAAUAAUACUUUAUUACAAAUCAUUCAAGAUACAUUUGCGAUAAAAGGCAUAUUCAUUAUUCAGUUCACUGGAAUAAUGGCUAUUAAUAGUACUGCUACCAUGCUUAGCAUUUUAGCUAAAUGCUAAACUGUUAACUACUUUUUAGCAUUUACCUUAGCUAAACACAUGGAAUUAGUGAUGCUAAUUCUCGCAUCGUCUGUUAUGACAAAUCACUUUUGGUUUCCAACAUUAGCAAAUGUCAGGUCAUGUUUGCUUUAAAAGGCAGUUAUUCAAUUCAGUUACUGUAAGAGCAUUUUAGCUAAAUGCCAAGCUAUUGGUUUUUUAACUGUUUAGCAUUUAGCUAAAUCAGAGGAUUAGCAUAACAGUAGUUAAGCAUUACGCAGAGGCUGUUGUUUAUCAAAUUUGACAUAGUCUUACUUCAAAUCUCAGUUUACAACUAUACAAGUUAACUGAUAUACUUAGUACUGCUUUGUUUUUUUAAUUUCACUUCUCAUCAAUCAGUUAUUUUAUCCCCUCCAUGUUCUCACCCAGGUUUUAGUAGGAUAACCACAAGCUCUGGUCACACAUUUCAUCCAGUCCGACAAAAGAUCUAUUAAAAAUAUAAAGCUAUAAAUAAAGUAAAAGAUGUUGUAUGUUUUCUAUUAUCUUGUAGAAAAUACUUUUGUAAGUAUGUUGAAAGUAUAAAGUAUUUGCUGGAUUCUGCUUCCUUUGACGACAGUGACAAAACAAUAAUGUACAGAGGAAUUUGUGUUGACAAAAUGUGGCUGUGCAAUUUAUGUACAUUUGCAACUAGACCUAUUAAAGUUUUAUUUAGCUAUUUUAAAAAUGUU